CCUGUGGGAGUGGAGCCGGAGCUUCGCUAGAUUUUAUUUUUCCGCUGCAGUUUUCUUCAUGUCUUUGAUUUUAGCACUCGGCAAACUGGAGCAAGUUGAAUUGAAGCACUCGGAUUGCUGUUUUUUGUUUCGAGAAGGUUGUUUUGUCAACUGCGAAGGUCUCGGGGGCUACUGUGGAGAAUAUGGAUAUCCCAUUUCUACAUGACAGUUAUAAUUUAGUCGGAUAUACGGUACCAAAUAUAGAUAGAAUAUCUUUAUGAAGACUCGGGUUAGUUUUUUACUUGUAUGUCAAGGAAAUACCCGAGAUCUUAGUCGGUUACGAUUGUAUUUUAUCUAUAAUCCCAUAUUCCGUUAGGAUAUGGGCUGUAUUUUGUAAAGCGGACUCCUUCCCCUAUAUAAGGAGGGUCCGUGUGCCUCUCGGGGCGCGAUUCUUUUUUCCAAUUUAUACAAUCAAUAACGUACUCGGCGGAAUCAUCUCCGGACAGGAGUAGGAUAUUACUUGUUGAAUAAGAAGGCCUGAACCUAUAUAAAAUUCCUUGUCUCCAAACUCAUCCACUUUCCUAGCUUGAUAGCCACCCCUUUUAUUAUUGCCGAAAUCUUGUUUCGACAUUAAUCUAGCUAAUUAAGCAAUGGCAGCCUCGUCGUCCUUCGUGCUCGCGGCGGCGGCGCUACUCCUCCAGGCCGUGACGGCGGCGGCGGAGGCGGCGGGGCAGCAGAAGGAGAUGCGGAUGCGUGUGUACUGGCACGAUGUGGUGACCGGGCCGAACUCGACGGUGGCGAAGGUGGCGGAGGCGCCGACGUCGAGGGCCUCCGCGACGGUGUUCGGCACUGUGUACGUCAUCGACGACCCGCUCACCGACGGGCCCAGCCUGACGGCGCCGUCGAGGCUGGUCGGCCAUGCGCAGGGGAUGUACGUGAGCGCCGGGAAGGAGACGAUGUCGCUGCUGAUGGCGAUGAGCUUCGUGUUCGCCGCCGAUGAGCCGUACAACGGCAGCAGCGUUGCCAUCUUCGGGCCCAACCCGGCGAGGCCGGUGAGUGAGAUCCCCGUGGUCGGCGGCACCGGCGCGUUCCGCUUCGCCCGCGGCUACUGCCGCGCCACCACGUACUGGUACAACGCCGCCGGCGACGCCACCGUCCCGUACGAUAUCCAUAUCCGCCACGAUUAACUGAUUCAUUAUUAUUCCUUUGUGUCAAAAUAUAAGAACCUAAUUAAUAUCGGAUAGGACGUAUGAAAUAUCUAAUCCGAUCAUAGAAGUUUAUAUUUUAAAACGGAGGGAGUAAUUAGUUAGCCAGGUAGCGAUACGUUGUGUGUCAAUUACUACUGUAUCAUGUACUACCUCUCCAUCCCGUAAUAAAGUUCAUUUUAAUUAGCACCUUCUAUUUAGCAUAAAAUAAAUUUAUUUUUAGAGUAAUUAUUAAAUUAGAAUUUAUUAUAAUAAAAAUUAUUAUUUUAAAAUAAGGUGAAAAAUAGUUACAUUGCGAUUUGAUAAAUUAAGAGUAAUUUAGCUUUCUUGGUUUUAUAUUGGUAUACAUGAGAUGGAUGAAAAAUGAAAUUAUUUUAGGAUGAGAAUAGUAUUAGGUACAUGGGGAAAAUGAUUUUAUCUCUCGAGGGAUAUCCCUAGUUUCGUGCAUACCACCUAAUAGUCAUAAAAAAUAUGAAAAGAAAAUUAGCAACAUAGAUUAAUAUAAAAUAUAUCACUCCACAAACAUAAGCAAGUUAAAAUUUAACUUCUACAAG